AUGUCACGAAAUAGAGACAAAUUAGGGAGAUUUGUAAAACAACAAAUUGAAAUUUUAGAAAACACUCCUAAAUCGUCUUCUUCCACUCGUUCUCAUUCACCACCAUCACCCAUACUUCCUGCACUUCCAAUGAUGGCUCAACAACAGGAAAUCCAACCAAGAACGCUACAGGAUUAUCUACAUCCUACGCGUACGGCCACACCUUCAUGCAUAAUGUAUCCCAUGAAUAUGCCCAACUUCGAUUUCAAACCUGGCAUGAUUCAACUUUUACCAACCUUUCAUGCUAUGGAAAAUGAGAGUCCAUAUGUGCAUAUUCAGGCCUUCGAAGAGGUGGUGGCCACAUUCAACAACCAAGCUGACAUCAUUAACUUGGUGAGAUUGAAGUUCUUUCCUUUCUCACUCAAGGAUAAAGCCAAAAGCUGGUUGUAUUCCUUAAGGCCAAGGUCUAUUGGGACUUGGGACGAAAUGACAAAAGCAUUUUUCUCUAAAUUUUUCCCACCCCAUAAGACUAGCAGCCUUAAGAGGCAAAUCUCUACCUUCACCCAAAAGGACCAUGAAACGUUUCAUCAGGUCUGGGAGAGGUUUAAAGAUUUGAUGGGCCAGUGCCCACAUCAUGGAUACGAAAGUUGGCGUCUUGUCGCCUAUUUCUAUGACGGUCUCACAGUAGACAAAAGACAAUUCGUACAAAUGAUGUGCAAUGGCGACUUCCUACGUAAAGAUCCCGAAGAAGCUUUGGAAUAUCUUGAAGAAAUUUCUGAAAAAUCAUACACAUGGAGUGCGCCAAGUCCUACAGACAAGCCACGAACAGCCGGAGUCUACCAAUUGAAGGAGGAGGACAGUGUGAAAGCUCAACUUGAAGCUUUGAAAAACAAUUUGAGGCUUUCAAAACUCAAGAAGGUAAAGCACCUCCGGAUGGCUGCAAAAGUGGAAAAGCAAGAACCAUGUUUCAUUUGUGGAGGGACUGAUCAUCAACCACAAGAGUGCCCUAGUCUUAGUAUGUUAAGGGGAGGAGAUGAGGAACAGUGUAAUGCCUUAGGGGAUUAUAAGAAGCCUUAUAAUGCCUACUCCAACACAUACAAUCCUGGUUGGCGUAACCAUCCCAAUUUCAGUUGGAAGGAUACAAGUCAAAAUCAAGCAUCUGGGAGCCAAUGGAGGCCUGAUCAACAAAAGAAUUCUCUUGAGAGUUCCAUGAAAAUUCUCGCAGAAUCUCAACUAGAGUUCAGGACUUAUUUCACUCAGGUGAUAGAGGAAUUGAAGGACAUAAAGAUUCAAAUAACAAAGUUAAAUGAUUCUUCAGUCAUUCAAGAGCGUGGUAAGCUUCCCGCUCAGCCUCUAAUCACUCCCAAAGGGCAACAUAUGGCACAAACCUCCGCUCCUUCAGAGUCUAAUCUCAAAGGGGUUAAUGCUAUUACUACCCGAAGUGGCCAAAGUACGGUAUCACCAUUACCCAAGACCACUAGUGUACCAAUGCCCGCUCCAGAUGCUGAUGUGCCACAGAACCUUCCAGUAAAGGUGCCCUUUCCUCAGGCUUUGAAAUCCACUGGAAAGGUACUGGAAAGUCAUAGUGAGAUCCUUGACUUUUUGACACAAGUUAAGGUUAACCUGCCAUUACUUCAUGUAAUCAAGCAAGUACCGGCUUAUGCCAAAGUUAUCAAGGAUCUAUGCACUAUCAAAAGGAAGCACCAUGUCAAGAAAACUGCAUUCUUGGCAGAACAAGCUAGUGCGGUGAUCGACUGCAAGACACCGCUUAAAUACAAAGUUCCGGGUUGUCCCACCAUUUCAUGUCAAAUAGGGAACAGAAUUUGGCCAAGCCCUCCUGGACUUAGGUGCAAGUGUAAAUCUCAUGCCUUAUUCCAUAUACUUGCAACUAGGCCUAGGAGAACUUAA